AUAUAAACGGCCGGAAAACUUCUUAUCGGCAGUCAGUUCUCCACGGUGUCUUCUCAGCUCCAAACAAAAACUUCUAAGCUCUCGUCCAGCACCCUAGCUGUGAUCCAGCAACAACAACAAAACUAAAGGCAAAACAAUGGCAUCGUUCAAAGCAACCAUCCUGUUCGCCGUGGUCGCGCUGUUCGCGCUGGUGUCCGCCAUCCCCGCGCCCCAGCAGCCCGGUGCGGCGCGACAGCCGAUCGCCCCCCGGCCUGCGGGUGCCGCCCCGGGUGCGGGCAGCGCCGCCGAUGACCUCGAUGCGGGCUCCGAGGACAAGGACCUGCAGGGCGCUUCCUCGUACGGCUACGGAUACUACGGAGGCUACCCGGGAGGCUACUACGGCGGCUACCCUUACGGAUACAGCUACGGAUGGGGUCGCUACCCAUACGGCGGAUACCGUUACGGAGGACUGUACGGAGGAUACUGGUACUAAGUGAUGGCUACGACGCACGAUUUCCCACCCUGCUCCUCCAACCCCCGGCCCUUCCCGUUUCUUCCAUCCCAUACUUGACUCAACGCGCACCCCACCCCGGACCUCCGGAACCCAGAGUUCGCCAAGUCAACGGAGAGCGAACUCUGGCGUAGAAGCUAGCGAUCCAAAGGAUUUGCGGAUAUUCCCCUGUCCCGUGCUAUUUUGUUUAUUGUUUACUUGUUCGAUAAUACCAAAUCGGAAGUGGUGUCCUCUCCGUCCAAGCAGGCGGGCCACGUGCAGUUCUUGGUUUGUCAAGAAGACACGUGUCCGCGCGCUGGUGAUGGGUGGAGAAGGACAACUUUCCUGUUUGCUGUGUACCCUUAUUUUGUUUUGUAUUCAAAAUGCUGCCGAAUUUACGAGAAAGUGACAAAAAAAAGCUUUUGUAUAUAUCUUCUGUAUUUUCUAAUAAAAUGUGCUACCUUAAA